AUGAAAACUCUUUUAUAUUUAUUCGCAAUUUUAAUUAUAAUCCCAAAUUUAUGUUCAAGCCAAGAUUGUAUUUGUACAUUUGAUUAUAAUCCAGUUUGUGGAUCUAAUGGUGUAACUUAUUCAAAUACAUGUUUUUGGGGUUGUGCUAAUUCAAAAGCUACUAGAGAAGAAUUUGCACCAAUUUGUGGAACAGAUGGUAAAACCUAUUUAAAUAGUUGUAUACUAGGGUGUACAAAUCGUGAUAAAUAUUUACGAAAACAACCAACUGUAGGAAUCGUUCAUAACGGACUUUGUGAAGGUGCAUAUGAUUUUAGAAAUCGUACAAAAAUUUAA